CAUGACACUUUUUGAAUAAUUAGGAGGAGAAGCUGCCGUCACAGCAGUCACAACAUAAUUCUAUGCUAACAUCCAAGCUGAUGCCACAGUUGCCAAUUUCUUCAAUGGAAUCAAUAUGGCUGACUAAACAAACAAGACAGCUUCAUUUUUAUGUGCUGCCCUCGGAGGACCAAAAGCUUGGGGAGGAAGAGUAAGAAAUUACAUUUAUAUUAAAUUAGAACUUAAAAGAAGUCCAUGCCAAUAUGGGAGUCACAAACGCCCAAUUCACAACUGUCAUUGGACAUUUAAGAAGUGCCUUGACCUCAGCUGGUGUCGCUGCUGAUUUGGUUGAAUAAACUGUAGCUGUUGCUGAAACAGUCAGAGGAGACGUUGUCACCGCCUGAUU